AUGAGCAAUGUUGAUCCACUUUUGAGUAAGCCCUCAUAUAACGAUACCCCUAAAUCGGUAUACUAUACCGAUCGUUAUUUCUCGACAAUGAAAUAUAUGAUUCUGAAAAGUUUUCAGUGUACGAAAGAGAAAUUAUGGACCUCUAAUCUGAUAUUAAAUCUAUUUGAUGUUCUUGUCACUUUGGCUUUGGUUGCUAGCGCUGCUGCCGCUCCCGGUUAUUUGGGUGGUUUGGGAGGCUAUGGCGGUGGUCAUGGUCUAUUAGGUGGUCAUGCAAUUGCUGCCCCUGCCAUUUCAUAUGCUGCACCAGCUAAAAUUGCCGCUCCAGCCAUUUCAUAUGCCGCUCCAGCUCUUGCUCAUGGUCCUGCCAUCUCCUAUGCCGCUCCUGCCAUUACCAAAAUUGCUGCUGCUCCCGCCAUCUCGUAUGCUGCACCAGUUGCCAAAAUCGGUUAUGCUGCUCCCGCUUUGGGUCUGGGUCAUGGUUUGGGUUAUGGCGGUUUGGGUUACGGUCAUGGCUUGGGCUAUGGUCACGGUUUGGGUUUGGGUUAUGGUCAUGGUUGGUAAUUUGUG